AUGGGGUAUUCCGAAACGUCUUCGUCGAAACUGGAUAUGUACACUAUAACUUGCUCAGGUGUUAUAAUCUCAAGCGUUACGAAUAGAAUAUGGAAAUCUGUGAUGCAAGAGUGCAUGAUCUAGCCAACUCUCAUAGGAUUGCGCAUGAGAAGUUCCGGAGCCCCAAACGUCAAUACGAUCUGGGGAAAUUUGUAUUACGGGACGCUCUGCGAGUCUGUCAUGCUCAUCCUGCAAGACAAGGGUCAGACUGUAUUGUAACGUUUGAGAUUGUAACGGUUGAGCAGGUCAUAUACAGCAACGGUGACGGGAUCACGUUUCACACCUUCAUCAGUACUAUCAACUGUAAAAAUGUCUGGGUCUGGAAGGAUCCGAACUUGUGAUGCGUGUUGCGGAUCAUGCAGAAAUCUGUGUUGCAUGACUUGCAAAAGGUCCCCACUUCUGGCCAUUCUGAGAGGGCAUCUCUCAUGCAGAAUAGGCAUCACCAAGGGGCUGCAGAACCUGUGAUGCCAGGUCCGCCAUUCCAGACUUGGCGGAUCUUGGUAAAACUGCAUGACAAAUCUCGGAAUCCUCCAGACCCAGACAUUUUUGCAUUUGAUAAGUACCAUGGGUCUCGGGUUUGGCAACGAGUUUUUCCUCUGCUUCGAUCCGGACGGAUCUGGGAGUGACUAUAUCCUGCGUCAAAACUACGUCCUCACCCCAGAGUUGUCAUGCAAAUCUGCAUGCGUAAAAUGUUUGUCAUGCGGAUCCCCAUGAGAAGGGAACCGGAAGCAUUUUCGAGUAGUGUUUUGGAAUCUGUGAUGCGCAAAACGGCAUAAGGUGCUAGAUUUGUGAUGCUCCUGCACUAGGUAAAGCACACGACUACAGUUGUGCGUACCCAAACUUGUCAUGCGCAACAGCCAAAGCUUGUUGAUUUGUCUAGCAGCUUUGCCAUCUUGACUCUUGGGUGUGGGCCUCGUUUUUACUCAGGAUAGACUACGUCGACGGGUUUGCCCGGCUGUCUGUCUAUAUCAAAAGGAAAAAUCCCCCUUCCCCACAUCGAGGCGAAGUUUCUGAUGCUGGAUUUGCGUUGUACGCAAAUCAGAUUUGUGUUGCUGGAGAGCAGGACUGCAGGCCCACAGCAAGCCUGAGUAGACAGGUUGCGGCCUAGGCACUUAGCAUGAAAAACGUUCGUGGCGUAGGCCCAACAGCAUGGCAAACCGCAUGUAGAAUGCGGCGGCUGUCUGUGGAGUUGCCUUUUUGCAACACAGAUGCGAUUUGUGGUCACAAAUCAGCAACACAAAUUUCCGAAAACGUGCCUCGUCAAUAUGGGGAGGGGGGAUUUUUCCUCGCGAUAGUCUAUCUCGGCGGGUUAAACCCCGCCUACACCGAUGACAACGCGGGACUGUUUGUGAUUCGCAUAUGCAUUGCAAAAGUAUCGCGCUAGUAGAAAUUGCAUGACAAAUUUUUCCGAGAAGAGAAGUGAAAUUUGUAAUGCGGAUUUACCUAAGCUACGAGAUUUGUAAUGCAUCUCGGCAAAUAGUACGAGUGCGAUACUUUUGUAACGCAUAGCGCACGACGGCAGACGAAUCCUUCGAGUUCGAGUGCUUGGGUUGUCACUCCGCGAGCCCCACCGGGCCGACGGCGUAUUUACGGUUCGGGCAGUUUGCCGGCUGCGACACCACGGACUUUGACGGCGUGAAGGAACCUUCGGGGACCACGGUUUCGAGGAGUUCUCUGUUAACCGGCAGCGGAAACAUACCGCAAGAAAAAAUCGCUUCACUGUAAACUUGUGAUGCAUGGAAUGGAACACAAAACUAUUCGUCUUGCUACACAUGCAAGACAUUGGAUUUUUAAGGGUGUUUUCCCGUGGGAAGUGCGCAUGGCAAAUUUUCUGUGCCAUGUGUAACAAACUUGUGAUGCAGAUCUUGCAAAAUCAUCACAGUGAAAGAGUUUUUUCCUGCGAUAAAACAAGUACACGAUGCGGGUGGACGCCACGACGAUGCUGGUAGGGGGCAUGUAUCGAAUGCAAAUGUCCCUGGAGGAUGUCUGGAAAGUUGUGAUGCUGAGUGGCAACGAUUGAACACACUCCUGAGUGCAGCCAGGCAUGACAAUUUUUUGUUACGCUUUCGCAUGCGAGUUGCGCAUUAGAACUAGAAGCUGCGCUUUUAAUAUUGCACGACAGAAGCAGGAAAUUUCGUUUUUGAUGUUGGUCAUGCAAUACAGAUUUUACAGGAAUCCAAGACAUGCAACACAGAUUCAACUUUUCCAGACAUCCAGGGAUGCUUGCGGUGCAUAGCAUGUACCGAAUUUGCAUGGACUUUGACGGGUACAAAACCUUCAUGCCCUUUCAGGUGUCGCACCGACGGUUAGUGGUCUCGCCUGUGAAAUAUCUGCGCAAGAAGUACGUGGCCGCGCCAAACGACCGGGGACUAACUUUGGACAUGAUAUGCAUUGCAAAAAUGUCUGGGUCUGGAAGAGUACAAACUUGUGAUGCGCAUUUCAGAACACAGAAAAAUCUCUCAUGCAUAGGUACUAGCAAAAGCUGCCUACUUAUUUCUGUCACCAAGAUGGGGGACUUGUCAUGCGGAUUCGGCAUGGCGGAAGCUUCUCGAAACCUGUGAUGCUAGAGCUUCCAUGCCAGACCUUCUGCGUCAUGCAAAAACAGCAUGUCUCUUUCAGACCCAGACAUUUUAUACAUUUGAUACAUGAUGCCGGGGUAUGAUUUGACCAUACGGGGCUCGGGCUACUUGGGCGAGCGGUGCGAUCCGAGUCAGAGUACUGAGAGGAAAAAUCCUCUCUCCCCAUAUCGAAAAGGUAUUUUUCCGAAAAUUUGUGUUGCUGAUUUGAGACCACAAAUCACGCCUGUCUUGCAAGAAGACAAGUGCAGAGGCUUCCGCGCCAUUAUGGAAGCGAUUUGGCAUGCUGUUGGGCCUAGGGGACAGCCGUUUGUAAUGGUAAACAACUAGACUUCUCAGACGCCCCUACCUAGGCUAAGGAUCUGGCUGCGAUGCCGUAUAGCAAGACAGCGCGCAUUUGUGUACGGAAAUCCAGCAUCAGAAACUUCGUCUCGAUAUCGGGAGGGGGGAUCUUUCCUUCUGAUACACAGCGGAUUCAUUUCCGCCGGGCUGGGGCAGACAAACCAGUGUCAGAUACGGUAUGAAGAAACUUUUUACAAAAUGCCCUGCGGCCUUGUCGUUGAAAAAAGUUUCAUCUUAGUCAUGCAGUGAUAGAGAGACGGUCCUCAACAUCUACUUGCGGCGCUUCCAUGUUUGCGCUGUUUUCUAUCUUCCUUGCGGCGCUUCCGUUCGACGGAGAAAGAAGCGGACCGGGGCGACGUAUUUCCUGCUGCAAGAAAAAAAAAAAACACUCUAUCAGGUACAACACCGUUCUCGGCUACUGGGAAUGCACAGUGGAGGCGAUCAACCUCCUUACGUACAUGAAAAUCUACAAGUUUUGCUACGACGCAGACGGUAUCCUGUGCAAAAGUAUCGUACUCGUAGUAAUCGCAAUCAUGCAUUACUAAUUAAUAUAUUUAUAUAAGGCAAACUUUGGGGCCGGAGAGGGUCCGAUAGAGGUUGGGGAGAGGUUUCGUAGAGGUUAGACAGAGGGUCGGAGAGGUAAAGUAGAGGGUCGACCAAAACAAGAGGGUCGGGGAGAGGUAAAGCGAGAGGGUACGGAGAGGGUCGGGAGAGGGUGCGCAGUAUAGGGGACCGUAUAGCGGCGCUAUACGCCCGAAGAGGGUGGGUAGAGGUUGAGUAGGGGUCAAGUAGAGGGUAGGGGGAGAGGGUCGAGAGGGUCAGAGAGGUUCCACAGUAUAGGGCGACCCUCUAAGCGACCCUCUACAUCGACCCUCUCCGGGAACCUCUAUUUUACCUCUCUUGUCUGCGCGCGGCGCCCCCUAAAAAAGCUCGCUAGGGCGCUGCAUUGUUUUCGCUUUCAGAUCAGAGCGGCCGUUCAAAGUGCGUGCGCCGCUCUGCGUCCCCCAGAGGGGGCGCGGCGCCCCGCCUUAACCUGGUCGGCCACCUAGGGUGGCCGCAACUUCUUUCCCACAGCGCCCGCGCGCGCUGGCAGCAGGUGCGUCGCCCUUGUGGCGUCUUGAACGUUGGCGCCCGGAAAUACUUUCCUGUGCGCAUUUUCCCACGGCGCGCAGCUACUAAGGCCGGGCAUGGGGCCCACCCAUGCCACAACUUGGGCCGAGCUUUAUUUUUUUAUUUGGUUGUGAAGCGGCGCGCAGCGAUUCAAUGCUGGCGCCACCUUCCCCACCGGAACACCUCCACCGAACAGCCCCCUCCCCGGCGGCCUUCGCCGGGGGGUGGCUGGUUUCCAUCCCAAGGCAAAAAAGCAUGACAAAUUCCAUUUGUCAUGCUGGCCGAAUUUGUGAUGCGAUUUCUACUAGUACGAUGCUUUUGCAAUGCAUAGACGGAACCGGGACGGUGACCCAGUUCCAAGAAACCGGAUUCGAGGUGGUGAUGGGGAUAUGCAUUGCAAAUAUCGACCUGGGUCUGGAAAGGUGGAACAUGUGAUGCUGCAUUUGGAUUCUAGAAUAUUUUGUAUUGCUUGAGCAGCAAAAGGAGUCCAGUUGUACCAGUUUUUGCUACGCGGAAAUGGAAUUUGUCAUGCGGGGUAGGGAGCAUCACCAUCAGCAAGAAGCCUUCAAAUAAAACUCUGUGAAGAUGCUAGGGCAUACAUCACAGACAUCAUGGCGCAUGCAAAACCUGCAUGACAAAGGAGCUGCACUCAACCAGACCCAGACAAUAUUUGCAGUUGAUAGGGCAUUGGGGAAGAGUUUGGCGGGUUUCAGCUCCCGGUUGGUGGUGCGAUUUCCGGGUCUAGUGUGACCGCGUUGCAGAACACCAAGAUUACCAUCGGGUGUCCGCAGGCCACCUGUGUGGGUGGCACGAUGAUGGCUUAUCUGUCGCUCGACAAGGGCACCGCGUUAUCCUACGAAAAAAGUUUUUACAGUUACACAUUUGUUGUCAAUUUAGCAACACAGAUUUUCUCAGCAUGAGAGGAAAAACUUGCAAUGCAGGGAUUAUAGGGGAAAACACGAGGCUCGAAAGCAUUUUGCGCAUGACAGAGCUUGUCUCUGCUGCUUGGUCUGCAGCAUAAUGUGUGUAACUGUAAACACUUUUUUCUUUGCAUACGCGUACGAGGACAGAAGUUGCCUCGCGUACGUGUACCAGGGCGGGGUGAACGCCACGGGGAUUUACCAAACAGGAGAGGUCACGGGCGUGCGAAACGCCGCCAACAGCGGGAUCGAGUUCACCAUCGACGCGUCCGCACUGCAGGGAGGGGCGCGGUACCGCCUGUGUUUGGAUCGGGACGGCGCUGCUGGGACCACGUAUGGCUUCGCGGAAUCGGGCCUGAUUCUCUACAUGAGCCCGAUUCAGAGCAUGGUCACGAUCGCGAUCUACGAAAAAUACAACGACCAAACCGUGCAGUUUGUUUGCCCGACCUGCAAGCCCGGGAUCACGUUGGCUUACUUAGCGGUUGCCUCGAUUUCCGGCUCGGUAUCAAGAAGAAAAAUCCCCCCUCCCCAUAUCAAAGAGGAAAUCUGUGAUGCAGAUUUGUGGUCACAAAUCAGCUUUGUCAUGCUAGAAGGAAAGACAUGCGGAGUGUAGUGCUGGCUGGCGUGGGAAAGCCUUGCGCCUUCAACAUGACAGAGAGCAACUGGAAGUGGGAAACAGCAUGACAAAUUGCCUGCAAACGAGGUCACAACUGCGGCUCUUGGCCUUCUGGCAUUACAAGUCGAUUUGUGUACUCAAAUACAGCAUCACAAGUUUCGUUUUCGAUAUGGGGAGGGGGGGUUUUCCUUUUGAUACUCGGCGUUUCUGCACGACGAGCCUUGCGACGUGAACAACGUGAUUGGAACCACGGAAAGAAAGGGGAAUUUGAACACUAUGCAAAGAAAAAAGUGUUGCAGUUACACAUCGUGUUGCGAAACAAGCAAGACAGGCAACCUUUGUGAUGCAGGAAAUGCUUGCCAGCCUCAUUUCGUUCGUGUUUUCCCUUAUAGUCCUCUGCGCAUCACAGGUUUUCUUUGCCAUGUCGAGCAACUUCGUGAUGCAGAAACUCCAAGAACAAAUGUGUAAAAACUGUCGCACUUUUUUCCUUGUAUAGACACCGAAUCCUUCCCGUUAACCCCCGUGACUGUCGGGUCGACGACGUUUGAAAUGAAGCCGAUCUACACAUUAUGCAUUGCAAAUAUCUACCCUGGAUGUCUGGAAGGAUGCAAUGUUUGUCUAUAAUGCUUGUCUGGCAUGACUGAAGAGUUUGUGAUGCGUCUGUAGGAAGAGACCCUUUUGCUCGUGACGCAGUUUGUCAUGCGGAAAACGCAACACCAAGCCGCGCAAAUCUUUCCCGUGAUGCUUGGCUUUGCAUUACAGAGCGUUCACUAUUCGCAGCUCAGCAUUACAAGGUUCCAGACGUCCAGGGAUAUUUGCAUUGGAUACCCAUCGAUUCUCCGGGCGGGGCAGUUUUACAAAAUCUGCAUCGACCUGGACGGGACGUCGCCCAGUUUAGGCGUCGGCUACAGUGGGUAUAAUGUUUACAUUUCCACGGUCUGGCGCGUCGAGCCCCGGGCGAUUGCGCCGGUGACGAGAGUGUUGAUCCAGCUGUACUGCGACCACUGCAACCCGGAGGCAGAUUUGACGGAACUGCACGUAGCGAGGGAGUAUCCAAGUGAAAAAUCCCGCCUUCCCAUAUUGAAACGGAAAUUUCUGUUGCUGGAUUUGUGUACACAGAUCAGCUCUGUCUUGCAGUGAGGCAACGCAGGCAAAGCCUACGCCUGUGCAGGGGUGUUUUGGUGUGGGUGCUUAGCAUAGCAGAGGGCCUCCAUGUAGCCGUAACAGCAUUACAAAUCUCCUCCAUAUUAAGACGGCGGAUUCUUUGGAUUUGCCCCCUUGCAAGAGAGGCAGGAGUUGUGGUCACAAGUCAGCAUCGCAAAUUUUUAGGCGCAUACCUUUUCAGUAUGGGAAGGGGGGACUUUUCCGCACAAUAGGGAAUGUGAUUUCACCAGGAUCGGUGGAAACCAGCGGUUACUCGGCGUCGACGGAUUCUCCUCAACGAGUGUCCUGCUAGUCGGCAACGCGGGGUCUUCCGCUCUGGAAAACACCCGGCAGUUUAUCGACUCCAGACCUUUGACCCCGGGGGAGAAUUACAACGUCUGCACGGAUUAUCCUGAGUAAAAACGCCUUCACCGCAUAGUCCAGAUGGGAAAUCUGCUACACAAAUCCCCAAGUUUUGGGAGUUGCGCAUGACAAGUUUGCCUCUGCAUUGUAGUGCUGGUUAGCAAGGGAAGCCGCAUGAGAAAGCCGUUCUCUCAUCCUGUUUACAGCAUCACAAAUUCCAAAACACGACUGGAAAUGCCUCUUAUGGAGCUGCGCAUUACAAAUGUUCUUGUCAUUGCGCAUUUGCAUGACAACGCUGGGGUGGGGACUUUUUUACACAGGAUACGGAUACCGAUGGCGAAGCGUUUGUGCGCGCGAUGGGCGACACGGGGUUGCGGCUGUACACAAACUCCAUUCUUGCGGUGGAUAAGUUUGUGAUUAAGAAGACCAACAACCAGACUUUGACCUUCACCUGCUCGGCCGCAGACACGCCGACCUGUACCGAGAACUCUAUCCCACACGAAAAAGCAGUAAGGUCGUGUUUGUGAUGCAAAAACAAAUACAUAGAAAAAAAUGUCAUAGGGGGCCCCCCCGUAGCGUGCUGUUUAGGAUAUGCAAUACAGAUGUUUUUGUGUAUUUAUUUUUGCAUUACAAAUGUGACCUGUGUGCUUUUUGUUUUUUCUGUGUGAUAAACUCCACGGUUUACUUGGGCGAAUUCGACUGCGACCGAACGGAUAACGGUGGGGUGAAGCAGGCAAACCCCACCGCGAACUCCGCGAGUACGAAUUUAACCUCUAUCGGCAGCAAUAUGUACACCGCGAUUUUUGACGCGACCGAUCUCCGCGCGGGCUGGUACUAUCGAGUUUGCCAGGACAUAGACGGGCCGCACGGUCCAGCGUACUUUGGGGACACGGGCUACGACAUUUACAUCUCGCCGUUCAAAACCCUCAGCAACCACGGCGCGAUUGAGAAAGCGAGUAACACCCACGCGGUGAACAUUUUGACCGUGACGUGUUGGGACGGGUCGGGCUGCAGUGCGAACACGAGAAUACACGUCGACACCAGUUGCAACAAGGACGUGUUAGAUGGGUUGAAUACACCGGUGGCCGGCACAUCUGGGUUAUGAAUUCCAAAAGUACUAUCGUACUAGUAGAAAUCGCAUGACAAGUAAUUUGCUCCGCAUGAGAAAUGGAAUUUGUAAUGCGGGCACACCCACAGAAAAAGAUUUGUAAUGCAUGAGUGCAAUUGCUACGAACUGCAUCGGAUAAGUACUUUUGCACAGCAUAUGGGUCCGACGUGAAUCUCGUGCAGAACCCGUUAAACGCCGCGGAAUUUUUCGCUGCACUUAUGCAAGAAAAAAACUGUGUAAGUGUAACUCUGUAAUGCAGAACAUGCAACAGAGUUACACCUGUCAUGCCAGACAACCAUGAAGUCCUCUGUUCAUGUGUGUUUUCCCUUACAAGCCACGCAUGACAGGUAUGUAAAGCAAAUUUGUGAUGCUGCCAGCCAAAGAAAGUUUACACUAACACAGUUUUUUCGUGAUAGCACUGGACGCAGCACUACUCACAGUCGGCAACGCCUACGUUCUGUGUAUUGAUUUAGACGGGUACACGACGGUCGCACCCUGGGGGGAAUCUGGAUUUCCGAUUUACAUCAGAAAUUUGCUCACGGCGACAAACAAACGAAGCGAGAUCCGCUCCGUGCCGAAGAAGCAGUUUCAGGUAUUACAAUGAAAAAUGCCCCCACCCCCGAACUUGGGAGCAUUUGUAUUGCAAAACUUUCCAAAUGAAAUAUUCGCCCUCUUGCAUCUAUCAGCAUCACAGGUUUCCAAUCGUGAAUAGCAAAAAUUUGUAUUGCAAAAGACCCCAGCAAGAUCGGCGCUUGUCAUCCAAGCGAUGCGAUACACGCCGAGACUCUGCAUCGGAGAGAUUCAUACUCCUUUCAUGCAUGACAAAAAGUUUUCAUUUGGAAACUUCGCAUCACAAAUUUUUGCAAUUUCAGGGGUGGGGGGCACUUUUCAUUGUAAUAUCAGAAGCUCUUUUUCACCGGCACGUCGAGUUCGGUGAUUAGCUCGUAUGAGAGUGCACAACUAUUCCCCCUCUCCCUCAUUUGUAUAGCAUGGACAGCAAUACAAGCACCAGCACGCGUGGAGCCUACGCAUCACAAAUUUGCGCACCUAUUGCAGUACUGUUCAGGCUUCCGGAACAAUUCGUCAUGCAAGCAGCGCCACACGGCAGCGAUAACUGGAUUUGGAAUUUUGCAUGACAAGUGAGGGGGAGGGAGAGUUGUGCACUGUCAUAGCUCGGAGACCACGGUGUAUUUAGACCUAAACGGGUGCGACACCAGUGUCGGAUUAUCAAAUGUAAAAAUGUCUGGGUCUGGAAACUUGUGAUGCUGGGUGGCGUAUCAUGAGGAGGCCACAAGUGCUGGCUCAGCAUGAGAAGUUUCUGAGCUUCUAGCUGUUGCCUAUUCUGCAUGACAAACUGCGUUUCUGCGUGACAGAAAAGUGGCGCUCUUGGGUAACGUGCAUGACGGAUUUGAGAGUCAUGCCAGACACGCAUGACAAACAUGGACUCUUCCAGACCCAGACAUUUUUACAUUUGAUACGGAUCUGGGUACAACCAAAUCACCGCUCUUGGGUCGACGAGGUCCAGUAGUUAUGGAUUGUAAAUAUGUUUGGGUCUGGAAGAAUACAAACUUGUGAUGCGCAUUUCAGAACACAGAAAAAUCUCUCAUGCAUAGGUAGCAAAAGCUGCCCACUUUCUGUCACCAAAAUGGGGGAUCUGUCAUGCGGAUUCGGCAUAGCGGAAGCUUCUCGAAACCUGUGAUGCUAGAGCUUCCAUGCCAGACCUUCUGUGUCAUGCAAAAACAGCAUGGCUCUCCUAGACCCAGACACUUUUACACUGGAUAGUAGUCAGCAGUUUUCCGGGGACCCCUCGGGCACCAUGGAGACGGAGUUGGAUUGCAGUAAUUUAGACACCGGGUUUUUUUACCACCUGUGCCUCGACCAGGAGGGCAGCGGGAACCCGAAGAAUUUCGGGGAUUCUGGUUUUCAGUUCUUCGUGACCCCCUACAUCAGCCUUCACUACACCACAGCAAUGCUCGCGAUCCAGCCGAGUUACUCCACGAUAUCAAAUGCAAAUAUGUCUGCGUCUGGAAGGAUGCAAGGUUUGUCAUGCACAUUUUGCAUGACUCUUGACGUCUGUGAUGCACGCCCUAGCAUCACAGAUUUUCUGAGGGCUUCCGGAUGCCUAUACUGCAUGAGAAAUGCCAGCUCGCCGUGGCAAAAACUGGACCUCUUUUGCUGUUCAUGAUGCAAUACAGAUUUUGGUAGUAUCCAAAUGCAGCAUCAGAAGUUUCAUCUCCUUCCAGACCCAGACAAAUUUGCAAUGCAUACACGAACUCUGUGUACGAAACCGCGGUUGCUGGACUCGCCUCAAUAUCCUGUGCAAAAGUAUUGCACUCGUAGUAAUCGCAGCCAUGCAUUACAAAUCUCCUUCUUAACCAAAAUCCGCAUUACAAAUUCCAUUUUUCAUGCUGAGGGAAUUAGUCAUGCGAUUUCUACUAGUACGAUGCUUUUGCAUUUGAUACUCAAACGUCGCUUCCACCUUUUUUGACCAAACGACGAAAUUAUCCAAAUUGAAGAUCAACUGCCCAACGUGUCAAGACAACGUCACCAUGAGCUACUUGACCUUCGCGCCCUCGCGUUCCUUAUGCACUGCAAAUAUAAUCCCUGGAUGUCUGGAUAAAUGCAGAUGUUUGUUGUAAUGCAGGUUUUGCAUGACCCAAAGUGUCUGGCAUGCAGGAACCAGCAUCACAGGUCGUUAUUCUAGAGCUUCACGAUGCGUACUGUGCAUGAGAAAUCCGCUCUCAAUACAUGACCAAAAAUUAUAGGCAGCUUUUGCUGUUUAUGCAAGACAGAUUUUUAUGGGAUCUGAAAUGCGCAUCACAAGUUGCGACCUUCUAGACAUGAUCCGGGGAUAUUUGCAAUUCAUACUCCUGUCCGGAUUACUUCGAAACGAAUUCAGAUCCGAGGGUAUCCUGUGCAAAAGUAUCGUACCCGUACUAAUUGCAGUUAUGCAUUGCAAAUCUUUUUCGUAAGGCAAAUCCGCAUUACAAAUUUAAUUUGUAAUGCGAAGUAAAUUUCUAUUGCAAUUUCUACUAGUACGAUAGUACUUUUGCAAUGCAUAGAGGGUGUUAUCCGACAAUCUGCUCGCCGGCGAUCCGAACUUGGCCGGGAUAAUAACGAAGACGGGGCUGUUACAGCGCGAUUUGAACUACACGCUGCACAAUUACAAGUACGACGUGGAGUUCUCGACGGAUAAAAUGCUAGUCGGGGGCCAUUACUGGCUUUGCGUCGACCAGGACGGCAUCGGGGAUACCCACACGGUGGGGCACAGUAGCUACAAAAUCUACAACAGCCCAAUCCCCACCGAGCACAUCGGCGCCGUGCCCACACAGGACGCGCAAACGAUCACUUUCACGUGUUUCGGCUGCACGACGAACACCUACGCGUAUUUAACGCGGCAGCGGGGGGAUGAGCCAACCGGGUGUCACGAUACGAGAACCGGGACGACGAGACUAUCAAAUGCAAAUAUAUGUUUGGGUCUGGAAGAUCCCGAGAUUUGUCAUGCAGUUUAUCCAAUCUCCACCAAGCCUGGAAUGCAGAUUCUAGUAUCACAUGAUUUGCAGCCCCAUUGGUGAUGCCUGUUCUGCAUGAGAAAUGCCCUCUCACCAUGGCCAGAAAUGGGCACCUUUUGCAAGUCACGCAACACAGAUGUUUGUACGAUCCGCAACAUGCAUCACAAGUUCGCAUCCUUCCAGACCCCGACAAAUUUGCAUUGCAUAGAGACCCAGAGUGGACAAUACGGGAAACGAAAACAACGCCCCAGCUUUAUCAAAAGGAAAAAUCCCCCCUCCCCAUAUCGAAAACGAAAUUUGUUUUGCUGUAUUUGAGUACACAAAUCGACUUGUAAUGCUAGAAGGCCAAGAGACGCAGCUGUGGCCUCGGUUGCAGGCAUAUAUUGUCAUGCUGUUUCCCACUUCCAGCUGCCCCCUGUCAUGCUGAAGAUGCAAAGGUUUAUUCCCACGCCAACCAGCACUACAGUCCGCAUCUUUUCCCUUCUAGCAUCACAAAGCUGAUUUGCGACCACAAAUCUGCAUCGCAAAUUUCUAGUUCGAGUAUGGGGUGGGGGGAUUUUUCACUUUGAUAGGCUUUGAUCACACUCGUGAACGCAGACACAUACCAGUGGUCACUCACCUUUGACUAUCAAAUGUAAAAAUGUCUGGGUCUGGAAACUUGUAAUGCUGCGUUGGGAAUAGUGAAUGCUCUGUAAUGCACAGCCAAGCAUGAGAAAUGUCUGCGCUUCUUUCUGUUGCGUUUUUCGCAUGACAAACCGCGUUUUUGCAUGACAGGCAAAAGGGUAUCUUCUUGGACACGCAUCACAAACUUUCUGGUCAUGCCAGACAAGCAUGACAAACCUCAGCAAUCUUCCAGACCCAGACAUAUCUACAUUUGAUAUCGACGCCCGGCCGUUCUACCAGGGAGAGCUGUACAUUCUCUGCAUGGAUUUAGACGGGGACUUAACAACCUUUUACAACGUAUCAAAAGGAAAAAUGCCCAAUAUCGGAAGCGAAAUUUGUGCUGCUGUAUUUGGGUACACAAAUCGACUUGUAUUGCUAGAAGGCCAAGAGAUUCAGCUGUGGGCUGAACUACAGGCAUAUAUUGUCAUGCUGUUUCCCACUUCCAGUCGCCUCCUGUCAUGCGGGAGAUGCAAGGCUUGCCCACGCUAGCCAGCACUAGUACAGUCCCCAUCUUUUGCCUUCUAGCAUCACAGAGCUGAUUUGUGACCACAAAUCUGCAUCACAGAUUUCCGUUGUGAGAGGGGGCAUUUUUCAUUGUAAUAGAACGGCGCGAGCUACACACUGUACUACGGCGACACGGGUGCGAAGCUGUUCCUGUCAUUGGUUUAUCAAAUGCAAAUAUGUGGGCUGGGUCUGGAAACUUUUAAUGCUGGGUUGGGAAUAGUGAACGCUCUAUAAUGCACAGCCAAGCAUGAGAAAUGUCUGCGCUGCUUAGUGUUGCGCUUUCCGCAUGACAAACUGCAUCGCUGCAUGACAAUCAAAGUGGUCUCUUCUUGAACACGCAUCACAAGCUCUUCAGUCAUGCCUGGCAAGCAUGACAGACCUUGCAUCCUUCCAGACCCAGACAUAUUUGCAAUGCAUAUGGUUACCGCCUUGAAGACCGGGAGUAGGCGGCUUUUGCCGCAAGCGAGCCAGCGGGUGAAUUACAUCACGCCGUUUGGCGGGCAGGCGACAGAAAUUAGGGUGUACUUGGUUCACCUCUACGGGAAGUGCGAAUACGAUUUGAACACGGGGGUGAUGACAGCGGACGGGGAAUUCCGAACCGCGACCGCAGCGUGGCAAAACCAGGCGGGCCAGUGGUACAGCAUGUUUGACGCCAGCCCCUUGCGGAAGGGUCAAGUUUACCGAUUGUGCAUGGACUACGACGGGAUUAACACAGAAAAAUAUUUCGCCGACAUGUUUUUGCUAUGCAUUGCAAAAGCAUCGUACUAGUAGAAAUUGCAACACAAAUUCGGCCAGCAUGACAAAUGGAAUUUGUCAUGCUGUUUUGCCUUGGGAUGGAAAUUUGUAAUGCAUGAUUGCGAUUAGUACGAGUAUGAUACAACUUUUGCACAGGAUAUUUGCAAGUGUACGUCCUCGACAUCGACAUUCUCACGCCGGGAAUCAUCCAGCAGGCGAACCAAGUCGUGCAGUUCCGUUGCGCGGACUGCCUGGAUCAGCAGACGUCAGUUUACUUAACUUCCGCCGACGACUGCGACAUCUUCACAAACGACGGAUCGCACACCGCAAGCGCGCCAGUCACGACGAACGCCGUUCUACUCGACCAGGUCGGGUCGGCGUCGAGUACGACUUUUCAGGCGACUUUGGACGCUGCACUACUGACGAGUGGGAACCGGUACAAGGUCUGCUUGGAUUUAGACGGGCGGAACGGGACGUUGCCCUUUGGAUACACGGAAUUAUCCACCUACAUCACGGGCGCGACGCUCGCGUUUGACACCAGUAUCCCGGCGCUGCCGAGCCAGCAGUUCACGGUCUAUUGCUCGGUGUGCACCUCCGCGACCACCUUGUACUUGGCAGCGAAAUCCGUCGGUUGCGACACCUAUCAAAUGUAAAAAUGUCUGGGUCUGGAAACUUGUGAUGCUGGAAGGCGUCUCAUGAUGAGGCCACAAGUGCUGGCUCAGCAUGACAAGUUUCCGAGCUACUAGGUGUUGCCUAUUCUGCAUGACAAACUGCGUUUCUGCAUCAGAGAAAAAUGGAGGUCUUGGGUAACGUGCAUGACAGAUUUAAGAGUCAUGCCAGACAAGCAUGACAAACAUGCACUCUUCCAGACCCAGACACUUUUGCAUUUGAUAACACUACGGAUUUCGACGCGGGGCAGGUGUCUCAGGGCGCCAGUUCCUCCGGCUUCGCGCCGUUUGUGUUGCAGAGCACGACGAGCACGACGAAGUUGUGGUCGGUCACUGUCGAUGCCUCUGCCUUGACCGUGGGCUCCUACUACACGAUCUGCACGGAUCUGGACGGCACGGCGACCGCGUUAGCCUCCGGUAUGCAGUGUAAAAGUAGCGCACUCGUAAGUAGUACUUCUAUAUUCUUGCAGCUAUGCAUGACAAAUUCUUUUCCUAGGUCAAAUCAGCAUGGCAAGUUCCAUUUGCAAAAAUGCUGAGCCAGUUUGUGAUGCAGUUUCUACUUACGUAGUGCGAUGCAUUUGCAGUUCAUAUCCGGGGACGCGCAGCAAUUCGUGUACAUUUCCCCGCCGAAUUUGAAGUGGCGCAGCGACCAGAUCAACCAGACUUUCAUCUACAAUGCGGAAUCCUACUCCACCCCCGGGGUCAUCACGGUCGACCCCGCGACGGGGGAAAUGCGGUCGGACUCCGGGGAAUCCGCGACGUUUUACCAAGCAAUUGACGACGCGCAGGGCAAAUCGAAUUUGUUUAAACGGUCGGAUAACUGGAUCAAACAGUACUCCAACGUGAUUUUUUAUCCCACGAAAAAACUGUUUCACUGUGAUGGUUUCUUUUGCAAGAUCCGCAUCACAAGUUUGCUACACAUGACACAGAAAAUUUGCCAUGCGCGCUUUCCAAGGGAAAACACGCUGAAAAAUCCAAUGCCUUACAGGUGUAGCAAGACAAAUAGUUCUGUGUUCCAUUCUAUGCGUCACAAGUUCACAGCGAAGCAGUUUUUUCUUGCGAUAUUUUAUCGGAUCAGAACCAGGAGCUCUUCAUCCACUGUCCGACCGGAUGUUAUCAAAUGCAAUAAUAUGUCAGGGUCGUCUGGAAGAUUGCGAGACUUGUCAUGCGGGUUUUCCAUGAUUCAUGAGGUCUGGUGUAAAGGACGAAGCAUGACAGAUUCAUCUUUGAAAUCUUUCUCAUGCCUAGCCUGCAUGAGAAACUUCCUCUCAAGAAAUUGUUCAAACGUGGACAUCAACUUUAGAUGUUUUGUAACCAUGCAACACAAAUUUUUUUCCAAUCGAGACUUGGCAUGACAAGGUGCAAUCUUCCAGACCCAAACCACAUAUUUGCAAUGCAUAGAUGCACGGAAAACACCACCGCGUAUCUCGGGACAAACUGCCAGGCCGGGGAUCCGGGUAAGAUCACGACGAUUGGAAACACGAAGUUGGAGCUGGUGAAUGAGUAUGAAAUGCAAAAAUGUCUGGGUCUGGAAAGUUGGAACUUGUGAUGCUAACUUUGGACUCUAAAAAAAUCUGUAUUGCAUGACCAGCAAGAGGAGCCACAUUUGUGCUACGCGAGGAGGGCACUUGUCAUGCAGAAAUGACAUCAGGAAGCUUUCCAAAAAUCUGUGAUGCUGGGUCAUGCAUUACAAGCAUCAUGGGUCAUGCCAGACAAGCAUGACAAGCCUUCCAUUCUUCCAGACCCAGACAUUUUUACAUUUGAUAAUGAGGUAGCUGCUUCCAUCAUCUCGAAAAACAUCAUCGACGGCAGCAAGUCUGUUUCUUACGGAUCCAACACGCUGUUUAAGUUGACGUUAGACACCUCCGCCGUUUUAACCGGGGGCUAUUGGAAGCUGUGCUUGAUCACCGGGCAGGAGGCUUUGGAAUCCGGGUUUUCCCAGCUCUACGUCCACACGACCCCCGCGAUCAACAUGGAAAAUCGGCUGCGGUACUUCGAGCAGAAACUGGACCAAGUCAUCACUUUUGAGUGCCCGACUUGCAUAUGAAAUGCAAAAAUGUCUGGGUCUGGAAAAGUGUACUUAGACUUGUCUUGCGGAUUUUCCAUGACCCACGAGGUCUGGAAUGCGGGACUUAGCAUGACAGACUCUGCGAAGUCUCUGUCAUGCCUAUCCUGCAUGACAAACUCCUUUCCAACUAUGGUCAAAAGUGGACAGCGUGUGGCACUCAUGCAACACAGAUUUUUGCAUGCUUCAGAUUUGCCAUGACAAGUUGCCACCUUCCAGACCCAGACACUUUUGCACUUGAUAUUGCAUUCCCGGCGUGACGACCGCGUACUUGGCCUCGCAGUUCCCGGUUUUUAUCAAAAGGAAAAAUCUCCCCACCCCAUACUCAAAGCGAGAUUUGUAUAGCAUGAUUUGUGAUCACAAAUCGCGCUGUCAUGCUAGAAGGGAAGAGAUGCAGAUUUUAGUGCUGGCUGGCGUGGGAAAGCUUUGCGUCUUGAGCAUGACAGGAAGCAACUGGAAACGGGAAACAGCAUGACAAAUUUCCUGCAAACGAAGGAGCUACUGCGUAUUUUCGCCUUCUAGCAAUACAAGUUGAUUUGUGGUCACAAAUCAGCAUCACAAGUUUCCUUUUUCAUAAUGUUUUGAUAUGGGGAGGGGGGAUUGUUCCUUUCAAUAGUUUUCACGGCUUGUUUCCAGACGGAAUCCGGCCUCCCGUUGAGCACUCUACUCCCCUCGGAGACGAACAGUCUAGGCGCGGUGGUUUACAACUCGACGAAGGAAAAAUACCUGUCUACCAGCACCGGGGUAGCGAAUGUCCAGAACCACGUGGAGUUCCAAAUCGACGCGAGGAGGUUAACCGCGGGAUUCUACUACCACAUCUGUGUCGAUAAGGACGGAGAUAGUGUGACCGCAACCACUUCCGAUUCGGUUCUACUUUCCACUACCUCCAACUCUCUGGUCUACGGCGACACGUUGCUCACCGUUUAUCUCACCCCGGUGCUCCUAGCGACCACCACCAUUUUCCAGCAAUUGGCCUCGAAGUUCGAGGUCAACUGCCCGGCGUGCCGGCCACUCGAGGACCGAGCGGAGAUCAACGUGACGCGAACCCGGCUGACCACCGUGCCAAUCUACGUUUUUUACGAUGUUCUGGAGAAUGUCACCGUAACGACAGUGACGGAUAACGGGGACAUAUCCUAAGCAAAAACGUCGCCACCCCAUAGUCAAGUUGGGAAUCUAGCAAAACAAAUCUCCAAGUUUUGGGAGCUGUGCAUGACAAGUUUCCCUCUGCGGUGCAGUGCUGGUUGGCAAGGGAAGCCGCAUGUGAGAGCCAUUUUCUCAUCCUGGCUACAGCAUUACAAAUGCCAAAACACAACUAGAAAUGCCUCAUAUGAAGCUGCGCAUUACAAAUGUUUUUGUCAUUGCGCAUUGGCAUGACAACUCUGGGGUGGGGACGUUUUUACUCAGGAUAGGACAACACCACGACAACAACGUAUUCGAUCGAAGAGCAGAUGGUCACGAAAAACUACACGAACGGCACGGACAUCGAAGUCUCGUACUACGACGAGAAAUUCUCCGGGGUGCUAGAUUUGCUACAAGAUUCCACAGGGACCAACUCCUACACCACGGACCCGGACGGCGUGAACCUAGCGGUGUCCACUUCUGUCUACGCCACCACAGCCUACAUCGGGGAUCAGGCGUGCGAGCAGCGCUACACAGUUCCGGCGGAGGUGAAUAUCGAACGGAAAAAUCCCCCCUCCCCAUAUCAAAACGGAAUCUCUGAUGCUGGAUUUGUGUACACAAAUCAGCUUUGUAUUGCAGAGAGGCAUUGCGGCCAGAUCCCCAGGCUAGGUGGGGGCGUAUGGGUCUAGUUGUGCAGCAUGGCAAACGGCUCCGCUUUAGGCCCAACAGCAUGACAAAUCGCGUCCAUAAUAUGGCGGAAGCUUCUGCCCUUGUCUUCUUGCAAGACAAAUGUGAUCUGUGACCUCAAAGCAGCAACGCAAAUUUUCGGAGACAUUACCUUUUCAAUGUGGGGAGGGGGGAUUUUUCCUUACGAUAGUGAACGUUUUGAAACCGGUGGGGAUCUCCGCUGAGCUCCUGAACCGGACGGAGGGGGCUUACGCAGUCAACAAAUCCGCCGUGGAGUUUAUCGAAGUGAAAAAAGCCCCCACCCCAUACUAAAACGGAGAUUUGUGUAGCAUGAUUUGCUAUCACAAAUCACGUUGUCAUGCUAGAAGGCAAAAGAUGCGGACUGUAGUGCUGGCUGGCGUGGGAAAGCCUUGCAUCUUCAGCAUGACCACAGGAGGCAACUGGAAGCGGGAAACAGCAUGACAAACUGCCUGCAAUUCAGGCAACAGCUGCGUCUUUUGGCCUUCUAGCAAUAGAAGUCGACUUGUGUACGCAAAUCCAGCAUCACAAGUUUCCUUUUCGAUAUGGGGAGGGGGGAUUUUUCCUCGCAAUAGAGUUAGCGGAUGUGCGGAAGAUGACGGGGUAUUUCGACUUUGUGUUCGAUACUUCGCACUUAAUCAUCGGGAAGACGUACAUAUCAAAGAUGAAAAGAGCAUUCGUAUAGUGUAACUUUGUUGUAAUGCGCAACAUGCAAAGUGAUUGCGGCUGUCAUGCUGGGCAUGCAUUGAGAGGUCCAUUCAAGCGCGUUUUCACGUACAAUCUGCGCAUGACAGGUUUUUGCUCGGAUGCCAGACAGAUUUGUGAUGCUGGUCCUCCAAAAAAGUUACACCCAGAUGAAAAAUCGUUUUUUUCCUGGAUAGUACAGCCUCUGCAUCGAUUUGGACGGGAAGGGCGGGCCGAUAUCCCAAGAAAAAAGUGUUACAGUUACAGAUUGUGUUGCAGGCCAAGCAAGGCAGACCAGCUCUGUCAUGCCGCUUUUGCAUAGAAGCCUCGUUUCAUAGGAUUUCUGCAUUACAAGUUUUCUCUCAUUCAUGCAGAGAAAUUUGUUUUGCUGAAUUGACUACAAAUGUGUAACUGUAACACUUUUUUCCUGGGAUAGCCGAUGAGUUACGGGUAUUCCGGGGUGGAGUUGUUUGUUUCCCCGAUAACCGGGAAAUUAGUGGUGGAAGAGAGAGAAUCCUUUGCCCCGUCGAUUUUUUCCGAAGCAAACCAAACGGUCCGGGCGACUUGCGGAGGCGGUCUACCGGAUAGCAAUCCCAACACGGAAAAAGGGAUACUGUGCACACCGGGGGUCACAAAAGGGUAUCUAGUUCUGCAGAAAGUGCAACUGCAACCGCUUUAUCAAAUGCAAAAAUGUCUGGGUCUGGAAGAGUGGAACUAUCUUGUCAUGCAGAUUUUUCAUGACCACCCAUAAGGUCUGGAAUGCGGGACUUAGCAUGACAGACUCUGCGAGGUUUCUGCAAUCCCUAUCCUUCAUGAGAAACUCCGUCCCAACUUUUGGUCGAAAGCGGACAGCUUUUGGCACUCAUGCAACACAGAUUUUUUGUAUGCUUCAGACUUACCAUGACAGGGUUCAGUUACCAUCCUCCAGACAUCCAGGGAUAGUUGCAAUGCAUACACUUUGUGAGACACUUCUCUCCGGCUUCGACUCGACCAAUUUGGUCUACCCGCGUUACUAUCAACUGUAAAAGUGUCUGGGUCUGGAAGAAUGCGAGAUUUGUCAUGCUAGUCUAGCAUGACUCUGCAGUCUGUAUUGCGUGGCCACCAAGAGCAGGUCCUCAUGCCUGUCAGGCAAAAGCGCAGUUUUUCAUGCGAAAUACGCAGCGCAGAAACACGAAAAAACUUGUCAUGCUUGGCGGCGCAAUAAAGAGAACUUUAUUGUUCCCGGACUUGCAUCACAACUUUCCGGACCCAGACAUUUUUGCAGUUGAUAGUUACGCGGGGGAACUAUCAUCCGUAGUGGAAGCGAAGCAGGCGGUGAGCACUGUGGUGACGACAAAUCCGGAUUUGAGCAACAAAUUUGACUUCACUUUUAUCCUGAGUAAAAACGUACCCUCACCAGAGUCAGGAUGGGGAUUUUGCAACACAAACCUAGGAUUUUUAGGAGUCACGCAUGACAAGUUUCAGUCCGUAAGGUAGUGCAAGUUAGCAAGGAAAGCCGCAUCAAAAAUCGACCUUCUGAUCCUUUUUACAGCAUUACAAGUUCCCAAACACGAUUGAAAAUGCCUGUCAUGGGGUUGCGCAUCACAAAUGUUCCUGUCAUGGCAAAUCUGCAUGACAACUCUGGCGUGGGUACGUUUUUACUCAGGAUAACGUUCGACGCGUCGACCCUCACCCAAGGCGGGAUGUACCGACUCUGCUUAGUAUUGCGAGGAAAAAUCCCCCCCCUCAUAUCGAUAAGGCACGCCUCAGAAAAUUUGUCCUGCUGAUUUGUGACCACAAAUCGCGUCUGUGAUGCAAGAAAGCAGCACCACAGGCUCCGCCCCAUUAUGCAGGCGGUUUGUAAUGCUAUUGGGCCUACGGCAUAGACGUUCCCCAUGCUAAGCGCCUAGGCCAAAACCUCUCCACUCCGGCGCGAUAUAGGCCUGCAGUCCUCUACUGCAUGACGAAGCUGAUUGGUGGCCACAGAUCAGCAUCACAAAUUUCGUUUGUGAUGUGGGGAGGGGGGAUUUUUGCUCAUGAUACUUAGACCUGGGCGUCCCACCAGCGGGCGUGACUUCGAUGCAGUCGAAGAGGUCCUUCGGCGACACUGGCUUGACGGUGUUCGUGUCGGGGGUCACAACUUUGAUUACCACCGGUUUGGUGAUUGGACUUACGAUGGCGUACGCGGAUCUGAGUUUGUACUGCCAUCCGAAUCAGCAAACCGGGCAGGAUUCCACCACCAUGACGAACGCGUGCAGCACAGAUUCCAUGGCGUAUUUGUCGACGACUUGUGAUGAGUCAGUGACGGAUUCCGUCCCGAUGAAUAACAUCACGGAGGCGACGGAGGUGGUGCCGUUCCGGAUCAGUUUAUCAAAAGGAAAAAUCCCCCGUCCCCAUAUCGAAAUGGAAGUCUGUGAUGCGGAAUUUGUGUACACAGAUCGGCUGUGUCUUGCAGUAGAGGACUGCAGGCAGAUGCAAAGCCUGAGUGGGGGCGCUUUGGUGUAGGCACCUAGCAAGGCAGGGGUGAUCGCUGUAGUUCAUACCGCAUUACAAAUUGCCUGCAGAACGCGGCGGGGUUUGCGUUUGGUGCUUUGCCUUCUUGCAAUACAGAGACGACUUGUGGCCACAAAUCAGCAUGACAGUGUCCCGCUUUGGUAUGGGGAGGGGAGACUUUCCCUCACAAUACAGUUAUUUAGACACGCAGAAGAUCCGGGAACGGUUGUUGUAUGCAAGAAAAAAACUGCGUAAGUGUAAAUCUGUGAUGCAGAAAAUGCCAAACAGUUACACUUGUCAUGCUCGAGAUGCAUGACCGGCUCGCUUCCUAUGUGUUUUCCCUUUGUAUCUGCGCAUAACAAGUUUGUCCUGUCAUGGCAGACAAACUUGUGAUGCUGUUUUCCCAAAAGACUUACACUAACACAGUUUUUUUCUUGGAUAUGUUGGCAUCCUCGAGUAGUGGUGAAACGAGCAGUAGCUCAGCGUCAAACGACACAUAUCAACCGCAAAUAUGUCUGGGUCUGGAAACUUGUGACGCAAGGAUGGGAAUACUGACUACAGUGUAAUGCGCUGCCAAGCAUGACAAGUUUUUCCGUGGUGCUGACUUGCGUACUCCGCAUGAGAAACUGCGUGCUUGCAUGACAGGCGAGAGGAGCUUUUCGCGGACACGCAAUACAGAGUUCAGAGUCAUGCCAGACUAGCAUGACAAACCUGGCAAUAUCCCAGACCCAGACGACAUAUUUUGCAUUUGAUAACCCGACUACGGCGACAAUUUCGUACGCCAAUACCACGUUCGAUUCCUCCGCAGUGUUCUCCUCCCAGUUAUCCCAAACCUACAACGGAACACUCUUCCAACUGCGGUUAAACACCCGGAAGCUUGUCAACGGCCGGCAUUUCUCCCUCUGUACAGAUUUAGACGGGUUCAAGGGCCCAAAGUUCAUGGGGUCCACUGGGCACUUAGUUUACACCGCGGAAAUCCCCUUCGUCGAUGCGGAUAAAAUGCUGCCGAAAAACCAGGACUGGGUCGCGGCUUUGUCAAGUUCGUACCCUGAUUUUUACAACCAGCAAUUCCCACCCGACAACAUUCUGAGUAGUAGAAAGAUGGUGGAGGUUAAUAUCACUUGCCUCGGCUGUACGAAUUUCACCGAAGCUUACUUACUCAACAGUUUCUACACGAGGUGCAACGUGAGAGACGGUGGGGGAAACGCAACACAAAUUACCGGGGUACAAACGGAAUCGACGGAGAUACGGUUUUCGGACUUUAACAACGUGCUGUACCAAAACGCAGCGCCGUACGAAAAUUCGUCCAGCCGGACGUUUUUUCCGUUUUUAGUGGAUCAUUUGCUUGAGGGGUACGACUACCGAUUGUGCGUGGAUUUGAACACUAAUAAUUCCGCGAACUUCUUCUACGGCGACUUAAUGUAUUUGCUGUACAUGAUAUGACAGUGAGCAACUCCCUCUUCCCCUCAUUUGUCAUGUAAGUAUAAUAAAAGUACCAAAUCCAAGCGCUGCCGUGUGGUACUGUUUGCAUGGCAGAUUCAUCUGGAAGCCCAAACAGUACUCAAUUAUGCGCAUGAACCUGUCAUGCACAGGCUCCACAUGUGCGGGCGUUUGUAUUGCUGUUCAUGCGAUAGGGGAGCAGUUGUGCACUGUCAUACAUGACGCCGGUGAUUUCCACCGACGUGUCCGUUCUGUACCAGGACAAAGCCGAUUUACAUUUCGUCUGCCCGAACUACGAAGUGCAAAUAAGUCUGUGUCUGGAAACUUGUGAUGCGAGGAAGGGAAUAGUGAGCACACUGUAAUGCGCUGCCAAGCUUAACAAGUUUUUUCCGUAGUUCUGAGUUGCGUACUCCGCAUGAGAAGCUGCGGCUUUGCAUUACAAACAUGAGCAGCUCUUCGCUGCCACGCAAUACAAAGUUCAGAGUCAUACCAGACUAGCAUGACAUCAAGUCUCGCGAUCUCCCAGACCAUAUUUGCAGUUGAUACGAACUGCACAGACGCGAAUUCUGUGGCGUUUCUAGCGGAAAACUGUGCACAGGAGGGGCUGACCGCCGAGAAGAUGCAAAUUUCCGAGGGGAAUCUAACCGCUUACAAUACCGGAACGUCUUCCUCGGGGUCAACGCAAAUUCAAAUGAAUGGGGCGAAAAAGCUGUCCAACUCUCUGUCCUCUAUCAACAGCUUCAAACUCCUACGCAUUGCAAAGGUACUAUCGUGCUAGUAGAAAUUAUCGCAUUACAAACUCGCUCAGCAGGACAAAUGAAAUUUGUCAUGCUGUUUUACGACCUUGGGAUGGAGAUUUGUAUUGCAUGAUUGCGAAGAAGAAGAUUUUUACUACGAGUACGAUAGUAUUUUUUCACAGUAUAACUCCAGCAAGACUUACUCACCACGUCCUCCUCCCCGGGGAUGAGCUUUGAACUAGGGAAAUUUUACCAACUCUGCAUCGACAUGGACGGGGAUACGGUGUUUGGCUCGAGCCCGGCCUCCGCGACGAGUGGAAACAGCUACGCAAACGAAAUUUUCGCCCCCACCGCGGCGACGAACGAACUGAAUAUCGGAACCAGAACGACCCAGCCGAUGCGGUUUUCCGGCUUCAACGUGUUCACCCAGUCGAUUGAUUUAUUGCAGACAACAUCCGUGUACCAAAUGCAAAAAUGUCUGGGUCUGGAAGGAUGCGAACUUGUGAUGCAUACUUGGAUCACUCAAAAAUCUGUCAUGCUUAGACAGCAAAGGGAGCUCCUUUUCCUGUCGCCGGAAGAAGGCGUUUGUCAUGCGGAUUAAGCAUCGGGAAACGCGUCAAAACCUGUGAUGCGUCAAAACCUGCGAUGCGUCAAAACCUGCGAUGCGUCAAAACCUGCGAUGCUAGGCCUUGCAUGGCACACCUUCUGUGCCAAGCAGACACAGCAUCACAAACCUCAGCAAUCUUCCAGACCCAGACAUUUUUGCAAUGUAUACCGGGUACAAGUCGGAUUUACAAGUUGUUUACUUCCGGUGUCUCCCCGGAACGUGCAGCAAAUUUGUCACCGGGUUUUUGCUAUGAACUGCAAAUAUGUCUCUCUGGGUCAGGAAACUUUAACUUGUAAUGCUAAAGUCUGGAUAACUCUGGCGCUCUCAAGUGCAGCCAAGCAUAACAAGUUCACUUAACGCCGUCUGAUGCGUAGGACGCAUGACAAACUGCUUUUUGCAUGACGCAAGAGUGGCGCCUGCUUUGCUGGCUAUGCAAUACAGAUUUUUUACGAAUGUAAGACAUGCAACACAAGUUCCACUUUUCCACACCCAGACACUCUUGCAAUGCAUAUUUGGCCGAUUCGUUCACGGACUGCAGCGAAUCCAAGCGGGUCUCAAAUCUGUUGACCAUGGAGCCGGCUAAUUUCGUCGGCUUGAACUUUUACGCGUUUAGCGGCAUAAACGCAACGGAUUUAACCGUUGGGCGGGAAUACGGGCUGUGUCUACGGUACCCGUCAAGUACCGCGACAAACGCGGUGAACGCGAACAGCUACGGGCCUAGCGGGUGGAAAAUUUACGUCCACCCGAUCCAGGGAACCCCUAUCGUGAGAAAAAAAUGUUACAGUUACACACCCUGAUGCGAGACCAGCAAGGCAAGCAACCUCUGUCAUGCAGGAAAUGCUUGCCGGCUUCAUUUUGUGCGUGUUUUCCCUUGUAGUCUGCGCAUUAGAAGUUUUCUUUGCCAUUCAGAGCAACUUUGUGAUGCUGAAAUUACAACAAAUGUGUAUUUAGCUGUAACACUUUUUUCCUGUGAUAACCCCGGUCGCGACUUUAACUUAUCGGUCGAACACGCCGAUCGAGGUGGAGAUCUACUUGUGUAGCAUAUUACAAUGAAAAAUGCCCCCACGACCCCGAAGGUUGCAGUAAUUUGUGAUGCGAGGUUUCCAAAUGAAAACUUUUUGUCUUGCAUGAAAGGACUACGAAUGAAUCUCUCUGAUGCAGAGUCCAGUCGUAUACAGUAUCGCUUGCAUGAUAAGCGCCGCUCUUGCUGGGAUCUUUUGCAAUACAGAUUUUUGCUAGUAAUUACGCUUGAAAAUCUGUGAUGCUGACGCAUGCAAGACGGCGAGUGUUUCCAUUGGACAGGUUUGCAAUACAAAUGCUCCCAAGUUGUAGUUCUGGGGUGGGGGCGUUUUUCCUUCUGAUAUAGCAACGGUUGCGAGCAGGUGGCGGAUGAGACCUACGCUUAUCUCUCGGCGGAGAGCUGCGAGGACGGGUAUGGGUUAAUCGCGAACACUAUGAAAUGCAAAUAUGUCUGGGUCUGCAAAUUUGUGAUGCAUGUCAGUGAAAAGUAAGCGCACUGUAAUGCACCGCCAAGCAUGACUGAUUUUUCCGUGGCUCUGUGUUGCGUAUUCCGCAUGAGAAGCAGCCAGGUUGCAUGACACAAAAGAGGAGCUCUUGGUUGCCACGCAAUACAGAUCCCAGAGUCAUGCCAGACUAGCAUGACAAAUCUCGCAAUCUCCCAGACCCAGACACUUUUGCAAUUCAUAAAUACGGCGACUAACACCCCAAAUCUGCAGAAGUUGAGGAAGGAAUUGGUUGUAUCCUGAGUAAAAACGUACCCACACCAUAGUCAAGAUGGGGAAUCGGCUAGACAAAUCCACAAGUUUUGGCUGUUUUGCAUCACAAAUUUGGAUUCGUAGUGUAGUGCUGUUUGAGCUAGCUCAGCAGCAUCACAGACCUAGCAUACCAUGCUGAUUGGAGCAUGACAAAUUGCAAAACACAGCUAGAAACUGCUUCUCAUGGGGCUCCGCAUGACAAACAUUUUAAGCAUGCAGAUUUGCAUGACAACUAUGGUGUGGGUACGUUUUUACUCAGGAUAGGUUGUCGUUUCUAACACGUACCGGUAUUUCGUGCAAGUUAUCCUGUGCAGAAGUACCGUACUCGUAGCAUUACAAAUCUUUUUCUCAUGGUAAAUCCACAUUACAAAUUUUAUUUUUCAUGCUGAUCGGCUCAUCAUUCGCUUCCGGGGGGUGCAAUUUGGUAUCUCACCGACAUUGUGCCAAGAGGAGGGCCUCCUCGGAACCGCCUGGCGAAAGCCUGCCAUGGGUUUCACUAUCCACGGGCGGCGUUGCGGGUAUUCCUGGCGAAAGCCAAAAACCGGCAGAAAACGGGCCACGGCAGCGCUCUUGCUGGACAUUACCAACAUUUGUCCACGCAGAGAUGUCCUCUUGCCGGACACAACCAACAGCCGUCCUAAACAGCCUAGGGCCAAGACGACACCGUGAGGACGACCACAGGGGGUUCGUCUCAAUGAUGAUGAUGAUGCUGCUGAGCUAAUUAGUGCAUUUAUACGACCACGAUACUUUUGCAAUGCAUACAAGUCCCCUUCCCCGAUACCCAGCUACAGGUAGGUCGCAACCAUUUGAUCUGCACCGCGGUGAACACGUCCGCCGUUGCGGAUUCGUUUUUCUCCUCUGCCGAGACAAGGAGCGGGUUAUCCAUUUCCGCCGGCUUUCCGUCGUUAAACGACACGCUGAUCGGAUAUAACCCUCUCAGGUGUUACAAUCUCAAACGCUACAAUAGAUGAAUCUGGAAAGCUGUGAUGCAAGAAAUGCAUUUAUUAUCUAGUGUACUCCCAUAGGAUUGCGCAUGACAAGUUCCGAAAUCCCACACCCACCUGAAAUCCGUCGAAAUUUGUUUUGCGAAAAGCACAAUUCUCUACACGUUCCUCAUGCUCUUCAUGCAAUACAAAAUCCAGACUCUAUUGCAACGUUUGAAGUUGUAGCGUUUGAGCAGGCCAUACCGGGAACACACACGUGUCGAUUUACAUCAAUUUCGCGUACGAUUUCGGCUCCACGAUUUACUACGCGUAUCCCUUGGUCGAAUCCGUCUCCGAAUCCGUCUUGUUCGGGCCGUAUCCAUUACAAAUGUGUCUGGGUCUGGGUAAAUAAAAAAAGUUCAGCCUGUACUAUUCAGUGUCUUGCAUGCCUGUAGAAUCUCUGUUGCAGGUUGACGAGCACAAGCGUUGCCUCAUUUCUUGUUUAUGCAAAACCGCAAUUUUCCAUGCGUACUGCGCAUCUUCAGAAAGCGUUGCAAAAACUUGUUGUGGUUUGCUCUCGGAGUAACUGUUUCACUCAUCCGCAAUAAAAAUUCAGCGUCACAAGUUCUUCCCAGACCCAGAUCGAUGCUUGCAAUUCCAUACCCCGCAGGAAUACUCCGCGGUUUGGGAGGGCCAGGGCUGGGCGUUUUCCUCUUUCAACGGAACAGACGGGUUUUCCAAUCUGACACUGAGCUCGCAGAAUUUCUCGGAGAAUUUGAACCUGACGAUAUGACCUGCUCAAACGUUACAAUCUCAAACGUUACAAAAGAAUUUGGAUUUUGUGUUGCAUGACGAGCAUGACAGACUCGGACAGCAUUCCACUUUCUGCAAUACAAAUUUCGCCAGAUUGUAGAAGUGCGGUUUGGAACUCCGGAACUUGUCAUGCGCAAUCCUAUGAGAGUUGGCUACAUAAUGCACCUCUUGCAUCACAGAUUUCGAUAUUCUAUUGUAACGUUUGAGAUUGUAGCACCUGAGCACGUUAUAGACGAAUGUGUUGCGUACCGUGGACACGAAUAGGACGCAGAGAGUACUUUACUUCUACAUUGUUUGAUGCUUUUGAUACUACUGUUCGAUGUCAUGCUGACAUGUGGGUUGAAAGCAGUAUACAUAGUAAAAAGGAAUGAAAAUCAGAAUCACCAGGAAAUAAAAAUAAAUUUUGGAUCAAAUAAUCUAUCACAGGUAACCUUCAGCUGCGACAAAUGCGGGCUCACUGCGGACGAGAUCCACGCCCUGUACGUCGGUUUGAUCUGCCAACGGUCCAUUACCGACGGUAUCUACCCCUCCACCCCCAAGAGGAACACUGACGCAACGUUGGUUUACAACGAUUUAACGCCCGCCUUGUCCAGAAUACAAAAUUACUACGCGGACGUUGCUUUUGGCCCUCUGCAAGCGGGGGGGAGCUACGACGUUUGUGUGGAUUACGACAGAACAUAUCAAUCGCAAAUAUGUCUGGGUCUGGAAGGUGGCAACUUGUCAUGGUGAAUCUGAAGUAUGCAAAAAUCUGUGUUGCAUGAGUGCCAAAAGCUGUCCACUUUCGACCAAGUUGAGAAGCAGUUUCUGAUGCAGGACAGGCAUGAUAGGGAUGUCACAGAAUCUGUCAUGCUAGGUCCUGCACUCCAGACGACAUCGAUCAUAAAAAAUCUGCAUGACAAGUUUACACUUUUCCAGACCCAGACAUUUUUGCGCUUGAUAGAACAAGUUCCUUGACCACGUUCGACUACACGGGAACGAAAUUUCUUGUCACGGGAGUGACCGGAUCCCUGAAUACCAGUUUGUACGCCAAUCUGACGCAACUGAUAACUGUGGUGUGCAACACGUGUUUUUCCGGGGUGACCAGAGCAUUUCUGGCGUUGGACUGCUACCCGAAGAUCCCGGGAACAAGUUAUCCGAAGGAUGGGAGGAUGCGGAAGUGGACGGGAAAACGGACGGCCGCUGCGAGUUUUGAGUUCUUUCUGUACAAUGGGACGGAUUGGAACGGGACCCUGUUUCAAUUCACGGUAGAUGCGAGUCAUCUGGAGUCCGGGUCCACGUAUAAUUUGUGUGUGGGUAUGGGACUGGAGAUACAUAGAGCCUACUGACGGAAAGUGAGCAGUUGUUUUGUCAUGCGAAAAGGUCGUCGUGCAUUGAUUUUGAUAAUUCAUCUACGUAGUAGAGGUCUUCGCGUAUUACUAUCAUGAGAAAAAAUGUGUGCAGCUCCACCUCCACCGGUUUUAUUUCACUCGCAUACCUCACGAUAUCAAAUGCAAAAAUGUCUGGGUCUGGGAGGAUGCGAACUUGUCAUGCUAGGUCUGGAUCGUACAAAAAUUUGUGUUGCAUGACUACCAAAAGCUGUCCAGUUUUGAACAAGUUUCGAGGCAGUUUGUCAUGCAGGAAAGGCAUGAUAGGGGCGUCGCAGAACCUGUAAUGCUAGGUCCUGCAUUCCAAACCUCAUGGGGCAAGGAAAAUAUGCAUGAGAAGUUUGCAUUCUUCCAGACUUAGACAUUUUUGCAGUUGAUACACGAGGAUGGACCGCAAUUGCAAACCGGUUUUGAAGACGUGCGGUUGCGGUAUCUGGUGUUGUAACGGUUGGGAUCGGACGCGGAAAGGGCAUGCGAGAACCGCAUGACAAACAGGUUUUGUAGUGCUGAAUGAACGACAAAAAUCCAGCAGGAAAUAAGAUAAACCAUUGAUAGCUGCUAUCCAGGCUCACUCUUUCGGAAUUUCGUACAAGUUUCGUAGUUUGCAAAUAAACCUAAGUACUCACUCCAUUGAAGUUUUAAAGUCAAAUAAUACGUGCGAGGUAGGUCGCCGAACCCGCAAUAGCAAUUUCGUUUUUGGUUAUACUUUCAGGUCUCCUGUUUCAAGGCUUUUUGUAUUGGGAAAGACACAAUUUUUCUUGAAAAAAAGCGGAGACUUCGUUCUUGACAAAGCUCAAGACAAGUUCUUCCCGCUUUUGCUGUAACUUAGUUUUUGGAAAAUAUUUUUUACAUCAAGAGAGGGUCGAUCCACAUUCGCAACCUCGGAGGUUUCAGAAGUUUCAGAACUAUGCUUUAUUGUCGCGAUUAAUUGGUAAAAAUAUUCGAUGACAUAAGUCUCGUCCUCGAGACAGCGGAUUGCUUUGAUUACUUUGACGAUUUUUCGAUCUCUCUUGUCGUUGUAUGGGUACGUGAUUUAUAUAUAUCGAGUUUCGUUUCGGAUCGUGAGCAGGAGUUGAAUGAUGAAAAGACGAAGAUUGGUCGAGGUGACACAGGUGUGACUCUCGCGCGAACAGGUUUUGUUGUUCGAUCGCGACGGAAGAUAGGAGUCUUGUUGUGUUCCCUGGCGUUGACAAGCAUAACCGCACGGUGCAAGCUUUCUGCUUCCCGGAAGAAUUGACGUUAGCACUUCGCGAAGCUUUUAAGGCUACUGGGGAAGCAGGACGACCGCGGUCCGCAG